GCAGCACCCAACACCUGGCAACGCUGAAGAACCUGGCGCCGGCUCGAGCGAUCGGAGUCGGUUCAUUGUUCUUUCGACGCGGAGCGCAGACCCCUGUGCAGCCAAAGUUCAACUAUUUUCGUUAUUUGAGUUUUUCUAGCAAGCAUUUUGAAGCCAUGAAGUUCAAGUAUCCGACGCCCCGGCGGGAUGAAACUGUCGUGGACAUUUACCACGGUGUGAAGGUUGCAGACCCCUACAGGUGGAUGGAGGAUCCCGAUAGCGAGGAAACAAAGGCCUUUGUUGAUGCUCAGAAUGCCGUCACAACACCCUUCUUGGAACAGUGCAAGGAGCGUCAGAAGAUUAAAGAAAGGCUACGGCAGCUGUAUGACUAUCCUCGCUUUGGCUGCCUCAAGAAGCACGGAAAGCGUUACUUCUGCUACAUGAACACAGGGCUUCAGAACCAAAGUGUCCUCUAUGUCCAGGACUCUCUCGAAGCUGAGCCAAGAGUGUUCUUUGAUCCUAAUGAGCUGUCUGAGGAUGGAACAGUGUCUGUCAGCUCCACAAGUUUUUCGGAAGAUGGGGAACUUUUUGCAUAUGGCCUCAGCUACAGUGGGUCUGACUGGAUUAAGAUCUUCAUCAAGCGAGUGGCCACGGGUGAGAACUUUCCAGAGACUCUGGAACGGGUGCGGUACACAGAUAUGUCCUGGACGCAUGACAACAAGGGGUUCUUCUACGGUAAAUACCCCGAAAAUCUCCAGAAGGCCGAUGGCACUGGAACAGACAAGGCGCAAGACCAGAAGCUCUACUACCACCGGGUGGGCACACCACAGACAGAGGACGUCCUUUGUGCCGAGUUCCCAGAGAAACCUCAGUGGAGGGUGGGUGGCCAGGUCAGCGACUGUGGCAAAUAUGUCAUCGUGACUGUGGAAGAAGGAUGCAAGGACAACCAGCUCUAUGUUGCUGACCUUUCCAAACUCUCCGAUGGCAUCAAAGAAAAGCUGGAACUGAAGUGCCUGGUUGGCAAGUUCGAAGCAGAGUACGACUACAUCACCAAUGAAGGCAGUGUGUUCACCUUCCGUACCAACAAGAACCGGCCGCGUUAUGGCCUGGUCAACAUCGACCUGGCUGACUGUGCAGAGGAAUCCUGGAAGGACCUAAUACUCCAGGAUGAAAAAGAUGUCCUGGACUGGGCAGCUUGUGUGCACAAGAACAAGCUAGUGGUCUGCUACCUGCGCGAUGUCAAGAAUGUGCUUCAAUUACAUGCUCUCUCUACUGGAGCAAAAAUCAUGGACUUCCCCCUAGAAGUUGGCACUAUCACUGGUUUUGCUGGUGAAAAGAAAGACCAUGAGAUUUUUUACUUUUUCACAUCCUUCUUGACGCCUGGCACCAUCUACUACUGCGACCUCAGUAAAGAGCCCAUCAGUCCGAAGGUUUACAAGAAAAUUAGUCCUCCUGGAUUUGAUGCCAGCAAGUUCGAGACCAAGCAGGUGUUCUACACAAGCAAGGAUGGAACCAAGGUCCCCAUGUUCAUUGUUCAACAAAAGGGACUGCCCGUCAAAUCGCCGUGCCUGCUGUAUGCCUAUGGAGGCUUCAACCGGAGCCUGCAGCCUUACUUCAGCGUGUCGUGCCUGCUGCUCAUGCAGCAUUUGGGCUUUGUGUAUGCCAUUGCCAACGUGCGUGGAGGAGGGGAGUAUGGCGAGGCAUGGCACAAUGCAGGCCGCCUUUUCCAUAAACAAAACACGUUUGACGAUCUGCAGUCAGCCGCUGAGUACCUCGUCGAGAACAACUACACGACCAAGGAGAAGCUUGUGGUGCAGGGUGGCUCCAAUGGAGGCCUUGUGGUGGCAGCAUGUGCCAAUCAGCGGCCUGACCUGUUCAAGUGCAUCAUCUGCCAAGUAGGCGUGCUGGACAUGCUACGUUUCCACAAGUUUACCAUUGGUUAUGCGUGGACAUCAGACUACGGAAGCUCGGAUGAUGAAAAAAUGUUCAGUUACCUGUACAGGUACUCGCCUCUGCAUAAUAUACCGGCCGUGAUGGGUGACGACGUCCAGUACCCCUGCAUACUGCUGCUGACGGCCGACCAUGAUGAUCGUGUCGUGCCAUGCCAUUCGCUCAAGUUCAUUGCUCAGCUGCAACACACCCACGGGAAUUCCAACAAGCAGACAAACCCUCUGUUGAUCCAUAUCGACACCAAGGCUGGACAUGGGCAUGGCAAGCCCAUUUCUAAAGUGAUUGAUGAACUGACAGACACGUACAGCUUUGUGGUGAAUUGCCUCAACUUGGAAUUCAAGGAGUAGGUGCCAUGGACAAGCUGGUCUUCUUGCCAAGCGCAUUUUAUUUUUUCUUUGUUUUUUUACUGGUGUGAAGUCACGAACAGCCUCUUUUUGCUGUGAGAAAUUAUAGAGUUGCUCAAGGUUUUGUCAA